AGAGAAUCACAGCUGUUCAUACAGUCAACAUCUGCUCGCUAUUUUUUAUUGGUGCUUAAUUGUGGUGUAAAAGUGAUUAUUAUUAUAUAUUAGUGGGUGCAUUAUAGUUUUUGUAUUAAAGUUAAAUAUUUCUCGAGUGUUUCCUUAUUCUUGUGCCUGGAUCUUGGUGUUUUGGGUUAUUAGAUUAUUUAUUAAGUGGUAUAUUAAGUGCUAAGUAAAGUUAAGUUUAAAGUGAACAUAAUUCAGUGAUAAACUGCAACAGACAUAUUUUGUUUUGGUGGUAAAUUUUUUUUUAUUAUUGCCCGCUGACUGGUAUUAUAACAAGGCCAUUACAUCGUUACCAUACCACCUGGUAAAGAAUAUACUUGCAGUGGUGACAAUAUUUGGGGGCCUGUCCGGGAUUCAUAUUUAUUCAUGUGACCGUAAUUCUUCAUGUGACUUCGUGUUUCAUGCGACUCAUGUGAUUUCAUGUGUUUCAUGUGACGUAUGUGAUUCUUGUUAUUCAGUGACCUAAGUCACAUAGUUGAUGUAUAUCAUGUGAUUUAUGUGAUUCAUGUGAUUUAUGAGAUAAGUGUCUGUUGCAGUAAAUAAGCUUAAGUAUUAAAUUUUUCACACCAGAUCCAGACGGGCACAAUAGUAAGUUGCACUGUUACGAAUAGUAAGUGAUUCUCUCCACGCAUAUCCGGUAUCGAUGAUUUGGAGGUAUAGUUGGUAGCUUAAUGUUAAUCGACUGGGACCUGUGUUAAUUCACUAUCGAUAGUGCCCACCCCUUUUCAUGAACCACCCUUUUAAGAUUCUUCCCAAGCCAUUAGACUUCUUCCGACAAACACUUGCGUUAAUCCGGAUACCCUGUCGAUGAGCUAACCUGAAUCUUCUUUAAUCAUAACCAUUGAACUAGUUCAUUCCUUAGUUAAGACCAUUCCGUUGGUCAUUUCAUUACUUGAUUUUGGUUCGUUUUGCGCGCAUUAACAUGUUCGGACCGAUAUCGCAAUCUUAUUCCUCUUAAUUGCGGGAUUCUCUUUAUCACUUGUCAAUAUUGAGAAGUCGUUAGAUUUUUAUUUUCACUUUUGAAUUACCAGUAAUGCUCUCACCUGGUUUAAAUUAUAAUUCAGUCCUUCGAAAUUGAACUUGGUUAUUAUUAGCAGUUGCUUAAGACUUAUUAAAUAGCAAUUAUUUUUAAGGUAACUAGCUUAUUUUUAAGUAAGUUUCACGAUUUUGUGUGCCAUCCUAACUUAAUUCUUUGCUAAGCAUGUUCAAUUUAGAGUAAUUCUUGCUUAAUCCUAAAGAUGAACUACCAAGAUUACAUCUUGCAAAGAAAGCGGAACUCUUGACUAUCACCCAGAAAUGGCAAAUACCUUCAGAGUCCUCCUAUGUCAAAGCUAGAUUGAUAAGCGACAUCCUCCAAUUUCUAAUUGCAAAGAAUGUAGUUAAAGAGAGCGACGAAGAAGUAGAAGAAGUACGUUACCUGACCGGUGCGGUUGCUACCAGUAAAGAAGAUCCAGAAGUAACCAAGAUGAAACUACAAUUGGAAUUGGAAAAAAUGAAGAUACUCAAUGCACGAGAAGAAGAAGAAAGGGAAAUAAGAAAAGAUGAAAGAAGACGAGAAGCUGCAUUACAGGAAGUAGAACUCCAAAAGAAAUUAGCGGAAAUAGAAUUGUCGAAAACAAGAGAAACUGCUAACAUACAACUUAAAACCAAGGAAGAAGAACGCAAUCUUCCUGAAAAGUUCGACUUCAACAAAGCAAAAAAGCUCAUUCCUACAUUUGAUGAAAAAGAACCCGAAGUAUUCUUCGACACUUUCGAGGAUACAGCCACCUCGCUCGAGUGGCCGGCAGAACAUUGGGUAAUGCUCAUUAGAAACGGUUUCAAAGGUAAGGCAGCUUAUGUUUCCUCGCAAAUGAUUACUGUUAAGGAUUAUCAGAUCCUUAAGAAAGCUAUUCUAGACGCUUAUUCAAUCACAAUAGAAGGAUAUCGUCAAAGUUUCCGCAAUUCACAAAAAUCUCCAACCCAGACAUUUGUGGAAUUUUGUGAUACUAAAGUUAGAAAAUUUCAAAAGUGGAUUGACAAAGCUGGAAUUAAAGAAUUUGAGUCACUUAAAAGUCUGGUAAUCAUGGAAGAGUUUCUUAGAAAAGUGCCAUUUAACAUUGCUAACUAUAUUUUAGAUAAGGAGGAAACUGAUCUCAUGAAAGCAGCUAGUCUGGCAGAUGACUAUUUUCUGCGCCAUAAAUCGUAUAAACCUGCCCAUAAUAAAACUACCUUUUUUUCAGACAGAUUUUGUACUUACUGUAAGCAGGUAGGACAUCCCAUUGAAAAGUGCCCAGAUCCUCAGUGUAGAAAGUCUGAAGUCAAAGAACAUAAGCCUGGUAAAAAACAGGAUUCCAAGAAAACGAUGCAUGUGACCGUCCCUACUCCGGAUUUAGAUUCCUUCAAACCUUACACAUGCCAAGGUUCAGUAAAUGGGAAACCUGUAGUUUGUCUUCGUGAUACAGGAUCGUCUCAAACCAUUAUCAACCUACCACCACAGGAGCUGACAAUGAAGCAAGAAUAUGUUGCUGUAACGGACUUGACAUCGACCAAGACUCUACCCUUGGCUGAGGUAACACUUCAGUGCCCCUACUACACAGGUAAAGCUUCUGUUGCUGUGUCUAAUAAACCCUUGCCACAUCCAUCAAUACAGGUACUGAUUGGUAAUGACCUUGCAGGGGCCAAUGCUUUGAAUUUAGUAGUAACAGAUCCAGAUGUCAUUCUGAAACAAGAACUUAAAGUAAAUGAAAAUAAAAUUGUUCAAUCUGUAUCAAAAGUUCCAAAGAAAAAUAAAACUCUUGAAACAUCUAAAGUAGAGAAGGCUUUGGAAUUAGUAAAUUUAAGCAAAGUAAAGUUUCAGCAGUUGCAGAGUUAUGAUCCUAGCCUUACGACAUACUGGAAAAGAGUAAAAAAUCCAUCAGAUAACCCCAAGACUCCUUAUUUUUAUACUGAUCACGGCUUACUCUUCAAUCAUUUUAGAUCUUCCAAAGGACCAGUAACUUCCACGUGGCAUGACUGUCACCAGCUUGUCUUACCAGCAACCCUUGUACCACCACUUCUAGAUUUGGCUCACACCUCUGAAUCCCAUCUAGGAGUUAAUAAAACCUAUCACAGAGUUUCACAGGACUACUUCUGGCCAGGUAUAAAGAAAGAUAUUAAGGAGUACAUAAUGUCCUGUCAUCAAUGCCAGGUCACAGACAAAUGGAGCUCUUGAAAGGGUACACCAGACCAUAAAAAAUCUUCUACGUAAAUACAUGGUGGAGACUGCCCAAUCAUGGGAUGAAAAUUUAGACCUUCUCAUGUAUAUGCUACGCAGUGUACCUAAUGAUUCGACUGGUGUAUCACCCUUCGAACUUAUGUUUGGCAGGAAACCACGAACAACGCUAAGUAUGGUGAAAGAAAAUUUCAUUCAUAAUAAGGAGGAGGAUACUACCACCCUGUUAGCAUAUAUGAAAGAACUGAAAGAAAAGUUCCUUUCCAUGUAUAAUUUUGCUAAUGAAAAUCUUUUGAUUUCUCAGGAGAAAAUGUCCAACCUUUACAACAGGAAAACAAAGCUGCGAGAAUUCAACAUUGGCGACCAGGUUCUGGUUUAUCAUCCGAUACCAGG